AUGGGUGUGCCAGUUCCCAGCGACAUCAUACUCCAAGAUCCGGUAGAGAGAGUCGCGCCGUACCAUCCGAUAUUGGGCCCUGAUGCGAUGUCUAACGUUACUGAGAUGGCUGCACAUCAUGCCGAAGCCCAGUGUCUCCCCAUCAUUGGUCUACCUGGAGUGCCCUCGCCGUCCACGCAGCCCGGCUUUGACUCCAACGAAAUGCGCUCACUGCCUCUUGUAUCUGACUCCCCGAUCACCUCGAACAAUUCCGCCCCGUCCGCGGUUUGCCAGUGGGAUGCUGCGUUCGACCGACGUGAGCGUCCCAGCAUCGUUCUGGCAAAAAAUGCCCCUCCCACUCUAGAGGACGAGCAUGCUGCACAGCGCUUCAUCACCGAUCCAGAGAAUGACGAUGCGGUUGAAUUUUUUGCUAUCCUGCUUUUGCGCUACCGGGCAAACAUGAAUCGGCGACUACUUAACCUGCACAAAUACAUCGCCGAGCCCGCUUUGCUCGAGGACUUCAGAUCGGCACUGUCGCUGUACAAGACGAUGUCUAUUACGAAAGAGUGUCCCAACUCGACGGAUCUUCGCAGCGACCAAUACCCGAAUGGGGAGCCUUCAUUCCGCACUAUGCUCGGCGAUAUCAUUGACAAGCUCCAGGCAUUGUCGGCCUUCCAGCUAGGGGAGGUGAAUUUUCCACGCACAUCUACAUCGGGCUUUCCAAUUUUCCAAAGCCGUUCCUAUACUAUUGAUUCUUGA